UGGGGUCCUUCGACCUUUCCAGGCUAUCGUCCAACACUACACGAACACAAACACUGUAUCGCACUGUACUGCACUGUAUUUCACUGCACCGCACGAUCGACUUCUGAAGUGUCUUCUGCCCAGGUUGCGCUUUUUGCACAUUGACAAGGAUCUACACCAAUUGUCCUUUGUCGAGCCGAAGCAGUCUCACCUAUCCGUACUCCAAGCCAUCAUGCGGUUUCUACCAGCAACGCUUGUGGCCGUUGUGGCCAUGGCAACGACGUUAUUGGAUGCGGGCGUCCUGUUCGCAGUGCAAGCGAAAAAGCCUAGCCGGACUCCACGACCCAGUGGGCGGCGUCCGGGUACCGCGGGGGGUGUCAGCGGUAGUCGUAGUAGCAGUAGUCGCCAAGCUCCGGUUUCUCGUAGACGAGUUCUGGAGGAAGAAGACGACGUGGAAGAGGAAGAGGACGAUCUGGGUUUUUCAAUGGAUCUGGAAGAAGAGGAAGAAGACGGUGUUUACGGGGACGAGGAAGAACAGGAAUUGGCUCCCCCUACUCGGAGAUCGGCUUCAUCGAGACGUCCUCCUCCCGCGUCGUCGCGGAAUGCGAGGGCUCCGCCUUCCAGGAAACGUCCUUCGCGUCCGACCCGUGUGAUUGAGGAAGAAGACGAAUAUGACGACGAGUAUACGCGUCCUCGGUCACGGGGUCCGGCCAAACCGACCAAGCGAGGAACUCCCCCGUCAUCGCGUCGUGGGCCUCCCCCGAGAUCUGGCCGAGGAGGUCGCCCCGCUGGUAGACCAGGAUCGGUCGUACCUUACGGAAAACAAAGUCCCGGGGCUGCGGCAACGUUCACCAAGGGUAUUACUGCCUUUCGGAACUCGCUCCCCGAUCCGUCUGCUGUGCGGGAAGCGGUGGGAUCGUCACUAAGCGUGGCUCGCCAAACGACUUCGGGUCUCACGGCAAACAUUUACCGGGAAGUCAAAGGACUCACCAGUUCGGAGCUUGAACAAGUCAUGCUCAAGGCAACGCGACCGGAUGACACCCCCGUUAAGGGAAAGCACGUCGAACGUCUAGUUGGCGUCACCUACCAGAUUAGUCCACGCUACGAUAUCUACGAUGCCGUCCUCCGCAAGCUAUGGGGCAAAAUGGCCGAAAAAGACUGGCGCACGACCAUCAAGUCACUCUAUAUUCUGCAUCGCUUUUCUGCGGAUGGCGCUCCCGAGCACGCCGCCGCACUCAAAGCACGCCUGCGCGAACUCCGACGCACCCGCGAUCCCAAGCGAAAAGACAAGUACUUCAACUCCAAACAGCUCUUGGCCGGCGAAUCGAAUCCGGAAAAUAUCAAGUUUCGGGCCUUCAUGUCCCGCUACGCACAUUACGUCUUGCUGCGCGCGCAGUGUUUCGGAGGGCUCUUUGACGAAAUCUCCCAGGAACCUAAACUAGAUAAAAAGAAGCCCCCUAAGGCCAUUACGACAACGUCGCUCCGGUCGGAGCAUUUGGAAGCUGCCGCUAUGUUGCUGAAGGCCGGUGUUGCUUGCCAACUGAAGGAAGACGAGGCGUGCGAAAACACGGCGAUCGCCGCCGAGCGGGUGGCUUCGGAUUUAAUCGGGUUGACCACUUCGGUUGCCAUUGCCUUGAACCGUGCUCUCAAGUCGUCCGACCUCAAGGGAGGGGACCCCGAAUUGUUGAAAAAGUGGUGUGAGUUCUACAGCGAAGAGCUAUUGCCGCAAACACGGGCCAUGGUGAAAAAGACUUCGAGUAAACUGGACGCCUACGGUCUGUUCCUGCCUUCCCGCAUGGGCGCUUCCUUGUCUCCAGAGAUGUUGCAAAAGGGACUCAAUUUGGAAGGCAAGUCGUUGGAGCCGGACGAAGCCACCGAAGUGGAAGACGAACCCGUGGUAGCCACGGAGAGUCGGGAAGAUAUGGAUGCUACAGAUGAACCCGAGGCCCGCGACGAGGAAGCAGCGGACGAGGUGGUCGAGGAAGAGGCGGAAUUUGACGAUGAAUACGAGUACGAAGAGGAAGAGUACUACGACGAAGAGGAGUAAGCUUUUAAUCAACUCGCGAUGUGAAAACAACG